AUGCCGUCUGCACUUCCAUUGGCAGAUGCACUGAUGCUGGUGUAUGAGCAGCUUCUGACAAAGGACAGGAAGAUGCCCGCGACACACACUAUCAUGAUGAAGCUAGUGCGGCUUAUUAUAGGGACAGGCAUGCUGACAGGUGUGCACCCCUUCACUAUCGCCGAUGCCCUCGCUUACAUUAUUCUACUUUCACCGCGCAUAGCCAUCGCGGCGACCAUCGACUUGACGCUCUUCCUCACUUUUCUGCAUGAUUUGUACUACGGCUGCAUCGCGCUGAUGCUCGCAAAGCUAUACAGCAACUCGCUCUUCGCGCUCUUCAACAGCCGCAUCCGCAGCAUCGGUGGGCGCAACACGCUGUACCUCUGA